AUGGGUGGCAUUUUUGAACCGUUUCUAAAUAACACAAUCGAUAAGAAAUUAGCGACGGAAAAGACAGAAAUAUCACCAAAAGAACUGUUAACUAAAUUGACAGUAAAAGAUCUAUUGCCAGAUGAUGAUUUAUUACAAUUAACAUUAAAACAUAAGCAAACGACAUUACCUAUUAAAACACAAAAAGAAGUAGUGAAUGUCUUACUAGAUAAUAUAAGAAAUAAUAAGAAUGAAUCAGAAAGGCUUUUAACAUUGGUAAAUAAUAAAGUAGAUGAAUUGACAGCAUUUGGUAACAUUUUAUUAAGAAGCUCGAAGCAUGGUGCUCCACUUGCACUUCAGCUUUAUAAAUUUGCUAUGGAAAAGGGGGACGAUCGAGGAGCAUUUAGUUAUGCAAACAUGAUUUAUCGAGGCUAUCAGGGCACUCCUAAAAAUGAAGAAGAGGGUAUCAAGAUCAUGUCAGAAUUAGCAAAGAGAGGACAUCCUUAUGCACAAAUGAACUUGGCUGCCAUCUUGAUACGUACUCAGCCUAAUCUUAUCAAUUCUGCCAUUCAACUAUAUGAAUUAGCAGGGAAAUCAGGUCUCGAUAAAGCGUAUACUGAGCUUGGUCGUAUGUAUCGUUUAGGAUAUGGUGUACAUCAGGAUCAUAAAAAGGCUAUCGACUAUUUUAAAAAGGGAGCACAAGCAGGUAACCCUCAAUGUAAUUUCAUGUUAGGAGUGUAUUAUUCUUCUGGCUUAGCUGAUGAAGAUAACCGACAGCCUGAUCAAGCAAAAGCAUUCAAGUAUUUUCAAAAAGCGGCUGUUAAGGGAAUGGCAGAAGCUCAAUAUAACGUAGGAUUACGUUUCUUGAAAGGACAUGGUGUAGAAGUUAAUUAUUUUAAUGCUGCUGAAUUCUUUCGUAUGGCAGCUAUGCAAGGAUUUCAAUUAGCUCAAAUUAAUUUAGCUGGUAUGUAUACAGAAGGUCGAGGUGUAAAAGUAGAUUUAAACGAAGCUCGUCAUUGGCUAGAGAAAUCCGCUACUGCUGGUGGUUCUAUUGGCAAAGAUGCUCAAAAAAGGUUAAAUGAUUUAGAUGAAAUUCAGGGAAAAAAGAAAGAUACAAAAUGUAAUAUCAUGUAA